CUCUCCCUCCACCCAGCCCCCUUGGGCUCCUCUCCUUUUCCCUCUGGACUCCGGUCUCCUCCUGCUGCCCCGGCUUGCCAGAGCCCUCUGCUUAUGGCAGCAGCUUACCUCGUCUCCGGUGCGGCUUUUCGGUGCACGACCCUCUCGCUCCCGGGGCUGAGCCGGGUCACUGGAUGUUGCUGAAACUCUGGAGAUCAUGCGCGGGUUUGGCUGCUGCUUCCCCGUCAGGUGCCACUGCCGCCGCCGCCGCCUCUGCUGCCGCUGUCCGCGGGAUGCUCAGUAGCCCGCUGCCUGACCCCCGCGAUCUUGUGUUCUUCGGAAGCCGUUUGCUGCUGCAGAGUUGCGCGAACUAGUCAUGGUGCUGUGGGAGUCCCCGCGGCAGUGCAGCAGCUGGACACUUUGCGAGGGCUUUUGCUGGCUGCUGCUGCUGCCUGUAAUGCUACUUAUCGUAGCCCGCCCGGUGAAGCUCGCAGCUUUCCCUACCUCCUUAAGUGACUGCCAAACGCCCACCGGCUGGAACUGCUCUGGUUAUGAUGACAGAGAAAAUGAUCUCUUCCUCUGUGACACCAACACCUGUAAAUUUGAUGGGGAAUGUUUAAGAAUUGGAGACACUGUGACAUGCGUCUGUCAGUUCAAGUGCAACAGUGACUAUGUGCCUGUGUGUGGCUCCAAUGGGGAGAGCUACCAGAAUGAGUGUUACCUGCGGCAGGCUGCGUGCAAACAGCAGAGUGAGAUACUGGUGGUGUCUGAAGGAUCAUGUGCCACAGAUGCAGGAUCAGGAUCUGGAGAUGGAGUCCAUGAAGGCUCAGGAGAAACCAGUCAAAAGGAGACAUCCACCUGUGAUAUUUGCCAGUUUGGUGCAGAAUGUGAUGAAGACGCUGAGGAUGUCUGGUGUGUGUGCAACAUUGACUGUUCUCAAACCAACUUCAAUCCCCUCUGUGCUUCUGAUGGGAAAUCUUAUGAUAAUGCAUGUCAAAUCAAAGAAGCAUCAUGUCAGAAACAGGAGAAAAUCGAAGUCAUGUCGUUGGGUCGAUGUCAAGAUAACACAACUACAUCUACUAAAUCUGAAGAUGGGCAUUAUGCAAGAACAGAUUAUACAGAGAAUGCUAACAAAUUAGAAGAAAGCGCCAGAGAACACCACAUACCUUGCCCAGAACAUUACAAUGGCUUCUGCAUGCAUGGCAAGUGUGAACAUUCUAUCAAUAUGCAGGAGCCAUCUUGCAGGUGUGAUGCUGGUUAUACUGGACAACACUGUGAAAAAAAGGACUACAGUGUACUAUACGUUGUUCCCGGCCCUGUCCGAUUUCAGUACGUCUUAAUCGCAGCUGUGAUUGGAACGAUUCAGAUUGCCGUCAUCUGUGUGGUGGUCCUCUGCAUCACAAGGAAAUGCCCCAGAAGCAACAGAAUUCACAGACAGAAGCAAAAUACAGGGCACUACAGUUCAGACAACACAACAAGAGCGUCCACGAGGUUAAUCUAAAGGGAGCAUGUUGCACAGUGGCCGGACUACCGAGAGCUUGGACUACACAGUACAGUAUUAUAGACAAAAGAAUAAGAUGAGAUCUACACAUGUUGCCUUGCAUUUGUGGUAAUCUACACCAAUGAAAACAUGUACUACAGCUAUAUUUGAUUAUGUAUGGAUAUAUUUGAAAUAGUAUACAUUGUCUUGAUGUUUUUUCUGUAAUGUAAAUAAACUAUUUAUAUCACACAAUAUAGUUUUUUCUU